GGCGUAGUCGACAGUCCUCGGCUCACGGCUGCGGCACCGAAGGCCCGGGUUCGAAUCCCGGUGAAGGAUGUUUAGUGGUUGUUCAAGUCUCUGAGAAAAAAUAAAAAUUGUAUGUUGGCAUAAGGAUGAAUGCGAGUGUGAAUUAUAUAUAAUACAUGUGGGAAAAUUAGGAGAAAUCCAACAAAUUUGUGACUGGGUACAAAACUAAAGGUUGAGCCCAACAAGUGAGAAUGAAUGAAUGAUUACGUUCUGUCAUGCGGUAUUUUAAAAACUGUGGUUUGUGGUUGAAACUGACAGAAUUAUUUGAGGUUAUGGAUAACCUAAGUUUUAAUGUUUUUAUACAAAUGAACAUUUUUCAAACAAUAAACAAUUAAUAAUUUCAUAACAGAGAAAAAUGGCUGAUAUCGUAAUUGACAAAGUUUUAUGUGGUGAAUUAAUUGUGGAUGAUUUAUUGGAGUGGCUAGCAGAAACAUUUGUAGAGAAUCAAAGCAGUAAAGAUUUUUCAGAAUUUUGUUCGAGAAAAGAUUUCAUCACAUACUUUCUCAAUUUGCUUCAUGACAUAAGUGUAAGAAAUCAAACAGAAUCAGUUAUUGGCUUGAAAGAUAGAAUCAAUUCAACUGAAAAUUCUAGAAUAAAAAGUUCUUUAUUUAAUGGAUCCUCUAUACACAACUCCAGAAAAUCUUCCUCAUCAAAUGAUACUACAUAUUCUUUACAAAAUACCUUCAAUUUGAGCUGCACAACUAGCACUCCAAACAAUGAAAAAUCAUUGCAUAAUGGGAGCUUUGAUAAAGAUUAUUCCCCAAUUCAAUCAAGCUCAAAUUCCAAUCAUGGUACCUUUAAUUUGGGAGAUUUUAUUGUAAAAAACAAGAAGAGUAGCUCAAAGAAAAAAUCAAGCAAGAAAGGAAAUAAUGUCAGUGUUAAUAUAGUAGAAAAUAAAACUGUUAGGAAAUUAAAACCAACCAAUUUAAACGAUAGUAAAUUCAACUCCAUAGAAUUGAAGAGUGGAAAUUCCUUUAGUUUUCAGAAUAAUAUAGAAGAAAUUUCUCGGGAAAAUGUAAAAUGUGAUUUUAUGACAAGAGAAAUUUCAGUUCCUAAUAAUAAACUGGAGAUCAAGAAAGUUAAUGAUUUAUCAGAAGAAGAAUCCAAGUUGAAACCUGAUAAACAGAAAAAUUCCAAUCCAAAGACUGUUCGAUACAAGACAGAAAUUGAGAAAAUAGUUAGAAUUUAUGAAUUUUUUAUUAACAAUGGUUUUGUUCUCAGUUUAAUUGGAGAAUUAUAUUUCAUUAUGACUUUACUUUUAAGUAAAAAUUUCUGUGAUACUAAUGAAUGUGAUGAGGAAAUUAUAUCUCACGAUGUGGUUUCGUUCGGUGUGAUGUUCAAUAGAAAAAACAAUAUUACAUUUUUUGCUGUUUCUAUGUUGGAAAAAAUAGAUUAUUUACUCGAAUGUCUCGAUAAUAUGACUUUGCGAUAUUUAUGUGAUAAUGAAAAUUUAAAAUUAUAUUCACCUGAAUUAAUUCAAAAGCUUCACAAAAUAAUAGAACAAAAAGCAGAAUGUAUGUUAAAUCUAUAUAAUUCAAAUGGAAAAAAUAAUAUUUGUUUUGUAUUGGAGACUGAUAACUUAAGCAACUUUCCAUCAGACAUCUCAUUUCAAGGAUUCAAAAGACAGAGAGAUAUGUUCUAUGAAAUUUUGAAACUAUGGGAAACUAACCAUAUGCAACCUAAUUGGGACUUUGAGGUGGCCUUAGGAAGACGAAUAAAAAGUCUAGUGAGUUACCACAAGGACCCUGUAAAUUACGUUAGACUAUCCAGAUUAUUCAUGGAACAGUUAUUGAAUGCAAGCAGUAAAAAGGAAAUUUCUACUGACAAUAGUUCAGCUCUUCUCUCAUCUCUGUCUAAUUUGGAUAAAGAUAAAAUUGAUAGAUUGAAAAAUAGACUUAUGAAGAAAACAACAAAUGGUAUAAAUAGUGAACUGGACUUUUGUGGAUAUCAGGAAUUUUUCAAGGAGUUCAUCGAUACUUCUUAUAAUCCAACUUUCACCAGACAUUUGUGCAAUGUCUUCAUUGCUGAAAUUUUGGAAUUGAAUGGUACUACUUUCGACACCUUGAACACUGAAUCAAAUGAAAAUGAGGCAGAAUUAGAUACAAAGAAGGCUUUUGUGGGUUGUCUGAAAUCAUUGAAAACUUUAGCAAAAUUCUUAGGUUAUAUUGAAUCGAUACCUUAUAAAAAUGAAAAUACUCACACUCCUGAACUGAUGAAUUUUCAAGUCAAAAUCCGCAAUCAGGUAUCUCCAAGUAUGAGCAUACACAAACUUCUUGAGGAUGCUUCAUCACAAGGAUAUCUCACACUACUAAUUCCUUGGCUAUGUGAAUACCUCUCAAUGUUGGAUAUAGUAACACUACGAACAAAGUACUACAACGAAGUCAUUGAAACAAUGAUAAAAUUAUACAGAUCCAUUAUUCAAACUAAUUCAUUUCUUCCUUCGUUCAACUCUCUUUUGAUCAAAUUUUCCUUAGGUUGGUUUUUUGAACUGAACAACUUUCCUCACAAUUUGUUCUUUGAAAAUUUGAUUGAUCAAAAUAUUCUCAAAACUGAACUGAAGUGCUCUGUUGGUUUGGAUAGGUUGAAUAUUGUUGACAAUAAUAUAUUAUACAUUUUCUGUCCAUUUCUUGAAGAAUUCAGAAGAUUAUUAGCUAAUGAAACUACAACUAACAAUCGUAUAACUUCAAGACACAUCACCCCUCUAAGCAAAGUUGAACCUGCUAAAGAAACAAUUAAAAAAAAAAUUGAGCAACAACUUGAAGAGGCCUUCUUCCAUAGCCAUCCAAGUUCUCUGAAGAAAACUGUUGAUUUUGUUGCUGAGAGAAUUGCAUCAACCUGCGUUAAGCAUUUGUGUUACAAUGUGGUGCCUGAAUAUAAGAAAAAAUUUAUUUAUCAGUUGCAGAUGAAAAUGAAACAAUGGUCAAACGAGGAAUUAGAUGAGUCCGAAUUAAAUAACAGAGGCACAAAAUUGGCAGAAGAUGAAAUGAUAGUAUUGGGCAAAUUGUGUGAUGAAGAAGUGAAUAAUAUCAUACAAAAUAGAGUCAAAGCAUCAUUGGUCGCUUUGUUGCCUAUCGAUUUUUUGCCACAAAUGGAAGCAGUUUGCAUUUCAGUGACAGAACGAAUGUGUCGGGAGAAAGUUCAACAGUGGGCAUCUACACAUAUAGUUAUAGGUCUUUUGACAAAAGAGGUUAAAACAGAAAUGAAACAAUUCCAUUCAAUUCAAAGAGGAACCAAACCUAAGCCUUCAUAUGUGUUGCCACCUAGUGGUAGUGAUGUUACACAUGAUCCCGAUACCAAGAGUGGACCUCAUACUCUAAAUAGAAUAAGGCUCUUAUCUGCAUCAGUUUUAACUAAUUCAGAAGAAAUACAAGAGGAAUUAUUGAUUGAAGUCUUAGAAGAUGUAUAUAAAACUAUAAACUUAAGAAAUGACCUAAGCCAAAUGGUUAUUAAGACAAUAUGUUCACAGUUGGUUGAUUUAUUGAUACUAUUUGUUGCUUAUCAACCUACAAAAAUUCUGAAGGCAAAGGAAUAUUUCUUCAAAAUAUGGAAACAGCAAAGAGAUUCAACAGAAGAACUUUUUGAGAAUUUUAUUUCUCUUAAAAAUUUUGCCGUUACUGCCAUGUCAGGACCAUGGGAGGAAUCUAUAAAUGUUAAAGCAUCAAUUUGUGUAGAGCUCAUCCAUGAAAAUAUUUUAACGAGUGAAUGUUUUGAAUCUCAAUGCAUGGGAUUAUUCCAACAGGAACUGGACAGUUUUAUAUUGAAAAUAAUAAUUUCAUUUUUGAAAAUAUUUGUUGAGAUAUAUAGAAAGAGAUAUCAAUCCUCAAAAUUCACAUAUUUAUUGGAGUUUUUAUCUGACUAUUGUAGUGAUUUGUAAAUAAUUUAAUUGAUGAAUGACGAAUAUAGAUUUCAUAUAUGUAAUUUACUUUAUAGAUAUACAAAUAUUUCAAAUUUUUAUUUUUUGUAAAUAAUUUUCUAUUUAAUAAAUAAUAAAAUUUUUCAAAGUUUGUCAAUUUUUAAACCUAAAAUAUCAUGUCAGUUGAUAACUGACACAACUGACAGAAUUAUGAAAAGUUAAUAUUUCUCUCAUGAGACUCCAAUAACUUUGUAAAAAAAAUAAAAAAGUGCCUUUAAUAUGGACCAACCUGAAAAAGUGGAGGAUAUGUUAGAAACUCCAGCAGAGGAAAAUUUGGAAGUAAAAAAUGCUGUAGAUGACAUGUUGGAGAAAAUAGAGGAAACAAGUGAAAAAAUUGAAGAUACAGAAGAAGGAAAUGAAAAAACAGAUGAAGGAAGUGAAAAAAUAGAUGAAGGGAGUGAAAGAAUAGA